UCUUGCUCCAGACGCAGACAAACAAGGGAAAGUGAGAAGCAAAAGGAGUAUCAAGUUUCAGAUACUGAACAGCCACUAAGAGCUGAGAACCAUGCCGCACACCAGUCUCUGCAGCUGCCUGGAGUACAUGCUGCCUGUGCUCUGUAUCCUGAAGGCUGCAGUUGGCUUCCCCAACUCCUCUCCACUGCUAAAUCCCAGCCGGCGGAAUGGAGAUCAGCUGAUGCACUUGUACACUUCUACAGAGAGGAACAGCUUCCAUCUCCAAAUCAAUGCUGAUGGCCACAUCAGUGGUGUUCCUUACCAAACCAUUUACAGUGCCCUAAUGAUCAAGUCUGAGGGUGCUGGCUAUGUUAUAAUCACAGGUGUGAAGAGUGGACGCUACCUAUGCAUGGACAUGAAAGGAGACAUUUUUGGAUCGCAUUAUUUCAGCCAAGAGGAUUGCGUGUUCAACCAAAGAACACUGGAAAAUGGAUAUGAUGUGUAUCAAUCUCCCAAGCACCACUUUCUGGUUAGCUUAGGAAGAAGUAAGCAAGUUUUCGUCCCUGGUAUGAAUCCACCACCGUACUCCCAGUUUUUGUCCAGGAGAAACGAAAUCCCUUUGUUUCGAUUCAACACACCUGAACCCCACAGAAACACUAGGAGUGCAGAUGUUGAUCCAAUGGAUCCUCACCAGAUCCUGGUCCCACAGAGAAAGGUCUCUGCAUUAGAGUCUCAGCUGCAACUGCAAAUGGACUUUUCCCAUGUGCCCAGAGAACCCGUGAGAGUCAAUCAGAACGAUGUGGUCAACCCAGAUGACCCACACGCUAUGAUGGAUGCCAGGAGAUAUGCUAGUCCUCGCUUUUACAUUACAAGAUAAUGACAACCACUUGCAUUGAUGACAUGAAUGAAUAUAACAGACAGAAGUGCCUAAAACACUCAAUCUGAUUUCUAACCCUCAGGGUGGGCUGCUAGAAACCCGAAGAACAUUGAAAAAAAAAAAUUAUUUCAAAUUUUGUCCUUAUGCAUGACGGUUUACUGAAAAAGGAUGUUGCACUCUGCUUUACUGAAAAGACAAUCAAUUUUCAAAAUGUAUAAUAGAAACUAAAUAUUUUAAGGUCUGAAAUACCCUUAGUAUGCCUAAGUGAAAAACAGAAUUCACUUGAAUGUAAUGAUGAACUAGUGUUAUGUUACUGAUGUGUCUGGAAGAAGACUUGAGCCCUCUAGGAUUAGAAACUCCAGCAGAGGCAGAGAAUCUUCUUACUAGCUCACUUGCAAGCACAGCAGACUAACUGACCAACAGUGUGUUAUAUCAUCACAUAAAACUUGCCAUAUAUAUUCUUAAGUGUUGAGAUUGGAGCUUCGGCCUCUUUUCGUGCCCAUAGGAGUCAGAAAGUGACCACUCUGGUGACAAAAAAAGCAGUGCAUAAAGAAAACUGGAGUAGCUGACAGGGAUCAAAUGGCCUUGUGUAGACAGUCAUUUCUGACACCUAUUGAAUCCAAGCUGAGGUUUGAAAAAUGAGUAUUUGAGUCUCACCGUUCUCUCAAGUUCUCUGUCACAUCUCUCUAUUCACUUAAUUAUAGCAACACAAUAUGGAAAUGCAAUAUAGAAACAUUCAUUAGUUUUGCAUGUUUCUAACCCAGAGGGAAGUACCAGGAUCAGUAUAUGCCAAAUAGGCUAGUUUAUUUUGCCCAGUGCUCUCCAAGAAAAAAAAUCCCCUCAGAUUAUGCCUCACAGGCAAAUUAUUAACGGUUAAUGCAGACUCACAUCUAAUGAGUAAAAAAUUAAGCAUGUAUUUAGAAAAGGAGCUUCUACGUUUGACAUCAAAGUUUUUAUCUAAUUCUAAGCAGACAUCAGAUGCUUAAUAUCUGUAAGAGU